CACGCGCGCCCAUACGAGUGGCUUAGUACAGUUGACGGAGGGUAUAUAAACGAAACGCAGUUUUCUUCCCCUCCCGUUCCUUCCUUCCCUCCUUCCCGUUCCCAGCUUCGCCUUUGCGUGCUUCACUUCCUACUCAAAAAAUUCAAAAAACCCGUGUAGACAUUGCACUUUUGCAUAUCCGUUCUGGAAAAGAGACUCCUUCACUGUGAUCAUCUCUUUUGUUUCAAGCGAUCUGCAGAGUCUUUGUCGGUAUUUCACAUAAAAUAAAAAAUCACUGUCGCUAGCUGCUGCUUUCGGUUUCGACGAAAACAAACAAAAAACCUUCAAAAUCACUUUCCGCUUCUCUUUCGCCAAAAACCUUGAAAGAAAUGGCUACUACUGCUGCUCCUGCUGCUGUCCCCCCCACCGUCGACGGUGCCGCUGAUGCUACCGCUGUCACUUCGGCUCCCGUCGAGCAGACGCCCUUGACGGCCGACCCUGCUGCUGCUGCUGCCGCCGCCGCGGCCGCCGCUGCCGCUGCCGUGCAGUACUCUCAGCCCAUGCCGUAUCCUGUUCAAGGUGGCUUGCCUAUGACUGCUCCACCUACUGCUGCUCCUGCGGGUACUACGAGCGCCAGCCUUUAUGUUGGUGACUUGGAUCCCUCUGUUACUGAGGCGCAGCUCUUUGAGAUGUUCAACGCGCUUGGUCCCGUCGCCUCCAUCCGUGUGUGCCGCGACGCCGUGACCCGUCGCAGCUUGGGAUAUGCCUACGUUAACUACCACAAUGUUGCUGAUGCCGAGCGUGCCUUGGACAACUUGAACUACCAGCCCUUGAAGGACCGUCCUAUGCGUAUCAUGUGGUCGCAGCGUGAUCCGGCUACUCGCAAAGCUGGCGCCGGUAAUAUCUUCAUCAAGAACUUGGACCCUCUGAUUGACACUCGCGCCCUGCACGAGACCUUUGCCGCUUUCGGUCCAAUCCUCAGCUGCAAAGUUGCUAUGGAUGGCGACCAGUCCAAGGGUUACGGUUUUGUCCACUUUGAAGAGGCAGAGUCUGCUGAGCAAGCAAUUAAGCACGUCAAUGGAAUGUUGUUGAACGACCGCAAAGUCUUUGUCGGUUACCACAUUCCCAAGAAAGAACGCAUGUCGAAGAUUGAGGAGAUGCGCUCAAAGUUCACUAACAUCUACAUCAAGAACUUGGACGAAGCGGUCACUGAUGAGGAGUUUAGGGACAUGUUUGAGCAGUUCGGAGCUGUCACCUCUGCUGUUGUUUCUCGUGACCCGGAUGGCAAAUCUCGUGGAUUUGGAUUUGUCAACUAUGGUAGCCACGACGAAGCUCGCAGGGCUGUUGAGGACAUGCAUGAAAAGGAAAUCAAUGGUAAACAGCUCUAUGUUGCUCGUGCCCAGAAGAAAGCUGAACGUGAAGAGGAGCUACGCCGACAGUACGAACGCAUUCGCGAGGAGAAGCUGAACAAGUACCAAGGUGUUAACCUGUACGUCAAGAACUUGGAUGACAGCAUUGAUGACGAGAAGCUUCGCCAAGAGUUUUCGGUUUAUGGGGUCAUCACUUCUGCCAAGGUUAUGCGUGACGAGAAGACCGGUACUUCGAAAGGAUUUGGUUUUGUGUGCUUCUCCUCACCUGAGGAAGCCACCAAGGCUGUAACCGACAUGAACGGCAGGAUGAUUGCGUCCAAGCCCAUCUACGUAGCUCUUGCCCAGCGUAAGGAGGUUCGUCGCCAGCAGCUCUCGGCCCAAAUGCAGCAGCGCCAACAGAUCCGCAUGCAGCAAGCGGUGGUACCUGGUGUUCCUGGAGCUUACCCAGGUGCGCCCAUCUUCUACCCUCCUGCGGGUAUGCCUCCUCAGGCGCAGCGUGCUGGUAUGUUCUUCCCUGGACAAAUGGCUCCUCGCCCGCGCUGGGUUGGUCCUGGUCCACAAGGUGCUCCUCAGCCUGGUCAGCCUCCUGUCCCUAGUGGUCCUUACCCUCCUCAGGCUGGUCAAGUUCCUCAACAAUUUGGCAUUCCCAUGGCUCAACGUCCUCCUCGCCAGCAGCGUCAGGGUGGUGGACGCGGACAGCCCAUGCCCGCACAACCUGGUCAACCUCGUCAAGGAGCUCCUGCUGUCAUCCCCGCUGGACAACCAGGACAACCUGGAGUCGUUCCCCCCAAUGCCGGUCGCGGUCGGCCCGCAGGUUACAAAUACACGCCCAACGCCCGUAACGCUCCCAUUCCUGGUCAGCCUGGAGCUCCCGUCCCUGGAAUGCCUGGCGCAAUCCCCGUUAAGCCUGUUUUGAACUCAAAGACCUUGGCCGACAUGCCCCCAGACCAGCAGAAGCGUAUGCUUGGCGAGGCCCUGUUCCCUCUCAUUCAGCAGAUGACCCCCCAGGCUGGUAAGGUCACUGGCAUGCUUUUGGAGAUGGACCAAAGCGAGCUUCUGCACUUGCUUGAGGACACCAAGGCCCUUCAGGGCAAAGUCGGGGAGGCCGUUGAGGUCCUCGAGGAACACAUUCGUCAGCAGCAGCCCACGGACGCAGGUGAACAGCCUGCGGAGGAGAGCCAGUAAAGCCGAAGAUACCCUUCAAGAGGAAAUGCAGCGAGUAGCAAUUGAGAACCCGAUGGGUGGACAACUGGAGGUUGCUGUGCAAUCGUGUACAUAGUUGUGUGCUGCAUGUCAUCAGGGGGUGUUGUUCUGCGAACGGGAAGGUGGUCAUUGGAAGGUCGUUUAGUUCUAGUUUGCACACUCCUUUUUUCACCCAUCUUUUUUUUAUUUUUUCGCGAGUCUUCUUACCCGCGCUUGGUUUUUUCAUUGCAUCAUGUUUUUGUUCUUUUGAGUCUUCCUCUGGGUCCCUUUGUUAUCUUGUAUCUCUGACUGGAGGGUAUUUCUGUCUUAGAGUAGGCUAUUAUCGUGUAUUUUGUUUUCCGUUUUCGUUAGCAGCAGCGAAAAAUAUGAGUAGGAGAUGAAGCACAAUAUCGUCUGUCC